GUGCCCCGAGUGCUGCUCUGGCUCAUGAUUGAGAUCGCCAUCAUUGGCUCCGACAUGCAGGAGGUGAUUGGCACAGCCAUUGCCUUCAGCUUGCUCUCUGCUGGCCGCAUCCCCCUCUGGGGUGGGGUCCUCAUCACCAUCGUGGACACCCUCUUCUUCCUCUUCCUUGACAAGUACGGGCUCCGCAAACUGGAGGCUUUCUUUGGCCUCCUCAUCACCAUCAUGGCCCUGACCUUUGGCUAUGAGUACGUGGUGGUGAGGCCGAGGCAGGCGGAGGUGCUGAAGGGUAUCUUCCUGCCCUACUGCCGGGGCUGCGGGCGAGAGGAGCUGCUCCAGGCUGUGGGCAUUGUUGGCGCCAUCAUCAUGCCCCAUAAUAUCUUCCUCCACUCCUCCUUGGUCAAGACACGAGCCAUCGACCGGUCCAAGAAGGAGGCGGUGCAGGAGGCCAACAUGUAUUUCCUGACCGAGUCCUGCCUGGCCCUCUUCAUCUCCUUCCUCAUCAACCUCUUCGUCAUGGCGGUCUUCGGCGAGGCUUUCUACCACCAGCGAAAUGAGGAUGUGCACAACAAGUGCAUCAACAGCAGCGUCAGCCACUACGCCAGCAUCUUCCCCACCAACAACGAAACGGUCUCUGUGGAUAUCUACCAGGGGGGUGUCAUCCUGGGCUGCUAUUUCGGGGCAGCAGCGCUGUACAUCUGGGCCAUCGGGAUCCUGGCAGCGGGGCAGAGCUCCACAAUGACCGGGACCUACGCAGGGCAGUUUGUCAUGGAG